CUGCUUUAAUUUCUAGUCCAAAAUGUAACUUUCAUUGCUUCCUUUUUUUCUUGUUAGGCAUUUUUAUUUAAAAAAACAAUUGCAAGAAGAGCAGUUCACUUGGAUCGUGUCUAGAAACCAGACAGCUACCAGUUUCACUUCCCUCAGCGACAUGUGGUGAGAAGCAGGAGUGGUAAAACACAACGCUUGGUGCUUCAGGAGGUUUCUUGCUCCAGCUCCUCGGGUGAUACCCAUGCUGCUUUCUCCUGCACCCCUGGCCUCCUGAAGAUGCCCAGGAGAGGACCUCUUCCUCCGUGGACACUCGUGGUGCUGCUGGUCCCAUCACAGCUGGCAGGCUGCCUCCUCAGUCCCUGCUUGGAGGUCAUCCCGAACAAAACUUUCAGCUGCACGGGACUGAACGUCUCUGGGGUUCCUGCUGAAGUCCCAAAUACCACCCAGAACUUGGAUCUCAGUUUCAGCAAUCUGAAAUCACUGGGGCCAAAUUAUUUUUCAUCAGUCCCUGAGCUGCAGCUUCUGGAUCUUACGAGGUGCCAGCUCCAUACAAUAGAGGAUAACUCUUUUGAGGAUCUUCAUAAACUGACCACCUUAGUUUUAACUGCCAAUUCCCUCCAGUACCUGGGGGCAGCAGCCUUCUAUGGGUUAACAUCUCUGAAAAAGCUAGUAUUGGUGGAAACCAACGUCGCUUCUCUGUCUGACCUGCCCAUCGGACACUUGCAUACCCUGCAGGAGCUGAAUUUGGGCCACAAUAGCAUCGCUUCCUUGAAGCUUCCCAAGUAUUUCGCCAACCUGACCUCUCUCAGGCACCUAAGCUUCUUCUCCAAUAAGAUCACGUGUAUCUCCAAAGGAGACCUUGAUCCCCUGAGGGAAGUGAACAGGCUCAACCUCACACUGGUGCUUUCCUUGAAUGAUAUAAAACAUAUAGAGCCAGGGUCCUUCGCAGGAAUUCGCCUUGGUGAGUUGGUUCUAAGGUCCUCUUUUGAGAACUUCAUUGUGAUGCAAACGUCUCUUCAAGGCCUGACUGGUUUACAGGUCAACAGACUAAUAGUUGGAGAAUUCAGCAACAAUCAGAGACUGGAAGACUUUCAGAGUGGACUCCUGAGCGGACUGUGUCAGGUAAAAAUGCAAGAGUUUGUCUUAAUCUGUUUCAGGGAUUUUGAGCAUGACACAGACACGCUUUUUAACUGCAUAGGCAACGUCUCCAGCAUUCGGUUAGUGAAUCUUGAACUUGAAGAGGUGUCAGAGGUUCCUAUGUUCUCUCAAGUGAAACAGCUGGAAUGCAAGACAUGCAAGUUUAAGGAAGUGCCUGCCAUUAAGCUGUCUCUUUUCAAGGAGCUGAGAGUGCUUCGUAUCACCAAGAGCAAACACCUCAAUAGCUUCCGGCAGAAAUUUGAGAGUCUGAGUAACCUGGAGGUCGUGGACUUGAGUGAGAAUCGCCUCUCCUUCAGUAGCUGCUGUUCCCCUCAGUUUCGCAAGUGUCCAAAUCUGAAACACUUGAACCUAAGCUUCAAUGCUGACAUCGGUGUGACUGGAGAUUUCACUAAUGUGAAGAACUUAUUAUAUUUGGACUUUCAGCACACUAAGUUAUUUGGUCCUGGCUCCUACCCUGUCUUUCUAUCCCUUCAGAAACUCAUUUACCUUGAUAUUUCCUAUACAAGAACUCAUGUUAAAUCCCAGUGUACAUUUUGUGGCUUGAACUCUUUGCAAGUGCUCAAGAUGGCAGGCAACUCCUUUGAGAACAAUAUACUGGCCAACAGCUUCAAAAACUUAAGUAACCUCCACACCUUGGAUAUUUCGGGUUGCAAAUUAGUACAGGUGGAUCAAAGCACAUUUGAUGCUCUCUCUGGACUAAAAGAGCUAAAUAUCAGCAACAAUAAGCUACUGAGCUUUGAUCCCGUGGUCUACAAACCUCUUCAAGCCCUCACAGCCCUGGAUUUCAGCAACAACCAGCUGAGUGUUCUCUUGGACUCAGCCCUGGAAAUCCUGCCUGAAAGUCUGGUCCUGUUGGACAUCUCUCAAAACCUGUUUGAAUGCUCUUGCACGUACCUGAACUUCCUGAAAUGGAUCAAGGAAAAGCAGGAGCUACUGCAGAACAAGGAGCUGAUGAUUUGCCAUACGCCGGCGUACGUGAAGAAAGUCAGCCUGUCAGGCUUUGAUCUGUCCUCCUGCCAAGUCAAUCCAAGCAUAGUGUCCUGCUCGGUGAUCACUUUGCUCGCUGUAGUGGUGUUCCUCUUGCUGAUUUACAAGUACUACUUCCAGCUGUACUACUCAUUGGUGCUGCUCAGUGGGUGUAAACGCUCAGCAGAAAGGGGUAGCACCUAUGAUGCAUUUGUUAUCCACUCCAGCAAAGACCAUGAAUGGGUGAUGAAGGAGCUGGUGGAACCCUUAGAAGGAGGAACACCUCCCUUCCAGCUUUGUCUUUACUCCAGAGAUUUCCUGCCAGGGGUACCCAUUGUGACCAAUAUAAUUGAAGAAGGUUUUCUGAGUAGCAGAAAUGUCAUCGCAGUCAUCUCUAGUGACUUUCUGGAGAGCAAGUGGUGCAGCUUUGAGUUUGACAUUGCCCAGUCCUGGCAGCUUGUUGAAGGAAAGGCUGGAAUCAUCAUGAUUGUACUAGAAGAAGUGAAUAAGGCCUUGCUGAGGCAGAGGCUGGGACUGUCCCGAUACCUGAGGAGGAACACCUAUCUGGAGUGGAAAAACAAGGAGAUAAGCAAGCACAUCUUCUGGAGGCAGCUGACAGGAGUCCUGUUAGAUGGCAAAAAAUGGAAUCAUGAGGAGGUAAAGCUCAUGUGAGAGAAGGAGACAUCACUUCUGUUCUGUUUCCCAUCCCAGCCUUGGCUGAUGGCUGGUGCUUCUAAGCUGGUUCUCUGGCUGUUCAGAGUUGGAGGAAGUGGAUGGAGACACUGUGAAAGCACUACAGAAAUACCUGCCUUGAUGGUCACCCAUUCUCAAGGGAACUUGCAAGCUAAGGAGUAACAACAGCUGGAAGAGCUGCCCAUGCCUGAGCUUCAUGUUUGUCUGUAGCUGUCAACCAAAGCUGGUACAGCAGUCCACCCAGUUCUGGUGGGAUAGUGAAUAGAUGGACUGCUCUUAUGGUCAUUUGUCUGCCUCUGAAAGUGGAUUUGGGUCCUGGGACCAUUUAUCCAAUGGAACUUCAGGGUCUGUUGCUUUGAGUGAACCCCAGGUUCUCCAGGGGAGAGCACAGGUACAGGAUUCUCAGCUCUAAAAAUGGUGGGAAGCAGAAACAAGAAUUGAAUUGUGAAAGGCAUGGGUCCACCUCCUUGGGCACCAUGACUCAGGGGAAAAACCCUGCAGAAGGAAACGGGGUGCCCUGCAGCCACAGACUGCAUGGCAGCUACUCAGUGAAGCUGAGCAAUGAUGUCAUCAGUGUGUGGGGGGGUUGCCAUUGGUGGAAAACUUCCCCAAAGUGUUUAUUUCAGUUCUCGUUAGACCAAGACCAAAUAUCGUACCCCCCAGAUAUUUCCAUCCCCUGAAUUUCUUAUUUAUAUCCAGAUUAUAUAGAGUUUAAGAGAGUGCUUCGAGGUUUUCGUGUGAUAUCCAAAGAUCAGUGGGAUGAGAAAAAAAGCUGCAGAAAUGCUUGAUACCUUUGAAAUCGAGGUAUUUCUUGAUAUCUCCACACGUGUGGUCAGUCUUUCCAAGGGUUCGGCUGCUGCGUGGGACAGGACAGUCACUGGAAGGGAGAGUUUUGCCUUUGUUUCCCUGAGAACGUGCCUGACAUUUUGCAGGGAGAAGAGAUAGAGGAGAAAAGUCUGGGUUAGCUAAACUGACUGCAUCCCAGCACCACCCUGAAGACAGGGAAGGGAAGUCUAAAUGCCAUUGAAUCAUAUUACAGAGCACCCCAUUGACGUGUGGAAUAUUGAAUAGUGCUGGAGUAUUGCUCUCUAUUUACGGAAGGCUUUGGUUGGGAUUAAUCACUGAAUUAGUCUAGUUUUAAACUUGCAAAUCCUUCUAUAAUCAAUGGCGUUCUACAGAGAUAAAACAGAAGCAAUUGAGUGGUGAAUCAGAUCUGAUAUUUAUUCAGAAGAAAGGGCCUGAUCCAUCUCAGUUUUCCGAGCACCAGUCAGCGACAUCUCCGACUUCUCCGGGGAAGCGGGUGAUAAGGGAGAGCCACAUCAGACACUAUUUGCAGAAGAGGGAGAGCUGGUUCUGGGGCUUUUGCUGGCAAAAGCUGAAUCACAGUUCCCUCUUUACGUGCUGUGUCAGUAGGAUAUUGGGGUAACACUACCCAAACACCCCACAGCCCUCUCUAAGGUGUUUUGUGACCCGUGAGAUGAAGCUUUAAUAAAACUAAGCCCGAUGCUGCAUUCAAUUGCCAAGUGAGUGAGUUUGCCAUCUGCCAGGUCCUGUUGCAGUGAUUCCUGAAGCUCCUCACCUCCUCGGUGAUGGAUGGGUGCUGAGUGCUGCAUCCCACCUGCAGACCUGGCUCCUCACCCCAGGGCAGAGGCUGCUGGAGCUGGGAAGAGGGUGCAGUAAGCGAGGGCACAGCUCGAGGUUCCCUGCGUUGAGGCUAAAGAAAAGCACGGAGGGCAAAGCAAAUAUUAGCCCGGAUUUUCAGCAGCUACAAGUCAAAUUGGAAAACAAACGAGAAAAAAAUUAAAUGAGGUGGGAGUUCCUGCCCCUGAAUUGAGCAGCACCAAAGCAGCAUUUCUCCCUCGCUCUUUCUCUCCGUGGCUUGUCUACAAACAAUUCAGUGUAUAUGUAUUUCUGGCACAAAGCAGAGAGUCCUAUGAUUCUUGAUUGUAAUUAUGAGUUUCAGAAAGCCUGCAAGUGAUUCCGGGCAUUAUAAUAAGGAUUUAGGACAGUAUUGUUUAAAAAGCAACUGUUUGUUGAAUAUCAAAGCAACUUCAGGAGGAGAGGUGAGGUGAUGCUGAGAGGAGGCUCCCACAAGUACAACUGAAAAAGAAACCAGUCGCUUGGUUCUCCUCCUCUUCUUCAGAGUCUCUGCAGCAGAGAUGGAUAUGUGAAUUGCCCCAGGCUUUCUUACUGCCUGAGAGAAAGCAAAAAACCCACCAUAAUUCCUGGAAAAGGUGAGGGGAGUGAGAGGGUGCAGUGAGGCAGAAGCUGGAGACAAGGGAGUUUGGAAGAGCUUCAUCCUCUGCAAGAGGACAGUCACCAUCACUCCCGCUUCCCUCCGUGCAUUUAGAUGUCACUUGGCCUCAGCAGUAGCUGAUGUUUUGAAGAUACAAGCUGAUUUAUUACUGAGACCUUCAGCAACAGAACCGGGAGGGUAUUUUUGUGGCGUGGAGGAGGACAGGCUGGCUGGUGACACAGACACCCCUUGAUGGGACCUGGGUGGCAGGCACAGCCAUGUGCUGUAAGUGUCCAUCCUCUGGUGGGUGAGUGACUCCCAGCCCUCCCCGAGGGGUCAUUAACCUGCCCUGGCAGUGCCCAGCUUCCAGUCUAGGAGGGAAAAGACUGUGUGAAAAAUCAUAUUUUCACAAUUUACCCAGCGCAGACAAAGUAGAUUUCUUUUUGGAAGACUCAAAACAACUUUCCCCCAUCCUAUAAAUGGGGAAAAUAUUGUGGUUCAAACAGAAACACACACACACAUAUUUCCCUGUGUUACAGGAAGCGAAUUUCCAAAGGAAAACUCUGAAUGUGUUCAUGUUUCCAAACAUGUUGGCGUGCAUUGCUGUUUGGAAGUGUUCACCGUGCAGCAGGUAGCUUUGAUGUUAUUUACUUGUUUGGGGGAAUAACUGAGCAGCCAACCAAACAUCCAUGCAGGUCUGCAUUCAUCUCUCAUGGAAACAGCUGAACACGUUCCAGUUAUUAAAGCAUCUAUUUUACUAAGGUCGUAAAAACAGAUGGAGAUGAAGCUCCAAAGGGGUGUUGCGUCCAAGCUAUUUCAUUUCAUCCAUAAUGGGGAUGUGCCCUGAUUUCACAAUGUAUUUAAUCUGACCCCUGCAAGAUGCCAGGAGGGAUGAAGCUGGGGUCCUGCUCGCCUUGCGGAGGGUGAUGUCUCGGAGGCGAGGGCCAUAUGAUGUGCCAGCACCAUCACCAAGAUGUGGUUUGCAGGGAGGGCUCUGAACGAAGCGAGCCCUCAUUAGCAUGAUUGCGUUUGUGAUCUCCACGCCUGCAGCAGAGACAUUAUGUGAGAGCUGAAAACUAAAGCCAUUUGCAUCGACGCCUGCCUGGAUCUGGCUGGCUGGGGGAGCAGCGCGGCGGGGAUGCUCCCUUGGCCUCCCCCAGCAUUAGCACAGGCUCCCGGUGUCAGCUUAAAAAAAAUAUCAACAAAACAAGAAAAAGCAGCUGGUUUCUCUGGACCGACUGCUACUUGACAGGAACAGGUUGAAACUUUUCUGAAAAAGCGUUUGUCCUUUGGGAAAUGCUAUUUUGUAGGUGGUUUAUGUAAUUUAAUGAGGCAGCGUGGUGAAUCUACGGAACAGAAAUCGUCAUAGCAGGGUUUCUGGUUGAGUAUUGCAUGGGGUUGUAAUUUUGGAACAGACAUUUUGCACGGAAACAGUGAUUUUUUGCAAUGUUUUGGAGAGGCUGGAAAAAAGGAUUUCAAAUAAAAGUUAAAUUGCUCCACAA